CAUUGAUGUUGGCAUGCCUUUAUUGAGGCUUGUUGAUGCAAACAUUUUUUUUCUCCAUUUAUUUUUUGAAAUAAAAUUUUUUUUUUUGUGAAUUUUGAUUUUUGAUCAUCGAUUAUGAGUGGAAAAUUUUUCAAACAUUUAUCGGAUACUGAAUCCGAAAGUGAAGAAUCCGAAGAAGAAGUAUUAGCACCGACAAGGGCAGUACAAGCAAAUUAUUCAUUCAGCGAUGAUGAUGAUGAUGUUAAACGUGUGGUACGAAGUGCCAAAGAAAAACAUUAUGAAGAAUUGAAUAAUACAAUCAAAUUGAUACGAAAUCAUAAGAAAAUCAAAGAUGUAGCAAAAUUAUUGAGCGGAUUUGAAGAUCUUAUUAAAGCCUAUCAAAAAGCAAAAUCAUCGGUCAUCGAUAAAGAAGAAGGUGGUAAAGUGCCAAAAUUCUACAUAAAAUGUUUGGUAGAAUUGGAUGAUUUUGUACAAGAAAAUUGGGAAGAUCGAAAAAAUAUGAAUAAAAAUAAUUCCAAAUCAUUAACAACAUUGCGGCAAAAAUUGCGAAAAUAUAAUAAAGAAUUUGAACAAGAAAUCAAUGAUUAUCGUGAAAAUCCAGAUGGUGAUGAUGAAGGAAAAGAAUCAGAUGACGAAAGUGAAUCUGAUGAUGAUGAUGCCGGCUCUGUUGAUGAACAAAGAGGAAAAACCAAUGAUUUUGAACGACAAAAAACGAUGAGCACAACAUCUAAAGAUAUAAGCGAUGAAGAUGGUGAAGAUGAUGAUGAAAGUGAUUGGGAUAUGUCAUCGGAUGAAGAUGAAUCAUCUUCAGAUGAUGAAGAUUAUGGUGAAAAUUUAUUGGCUAAAUUUUUGAAAAAAGAUACCGACAAAGAAAAAGAGGUGAAAAAACGAGAGAAAAAAGUGAAAGAAGUUCGUAAGAAAAAAGAUGAUGAAGGUGAAUGGACAAAAGUGGAAGGUACAGCAGCACCGGAAAAACCGAAAAUGUUUGCCAAAGAUGCUGAAAUUAAUCAUGUGGUGAUGGCAAAAAAAUUGAUCGAAGUUAUGGCCAUGCGUGGUAAAAAACGUGUCGAUCGUAUUGAUCAAAUAGAUAUGUUACAUGAAUUGUUGGCCAUUUCACGGCAAAAUAAUUUUGGACCAGCAUUGGAAGUGAAAAUUCUACUCGGUCUUCAAUCAGCAUUGGCCGAUUAUGCUUCAGGUAAUUCAAUGAAAUCGGAAAUAUGGAAAAAAUAUCUACAAAAUAUGGAAACAAUUGUGGAGAUUUUGGAUAAAAAUCCCGAUUUAAUCAUACAGGAAUCGAUUCAAGAAGAUCAAGAAUCAUUUCAAAAUCCACCAUAUCUUGUACAAGGAUGUGUCCUGACAAUGUUGGAAAAAAUGGAUGAAGAAUUUAUUCGUUUAUUACAAAAUUGUGAUCCACAUUCACCUGAUUAUGUGGAAAAACUAUGCGAUGAAACACGAUUGGUGGCUAUUAUUUCAAAAGUUCGUUCAUAUAUUGAACAUAAUGGUCGUGGAUCACCAUCCGAUCGAUGCCGUAUCUAUAUGUUGACCAUUGAUUAUAUUUAUUAUAAAUUUGAUCAAAAAAUUAUUGGUUCAGAAAACGAUACGGCAGCUACAUCGAAAAUGAUACGAAAACAUCCUAAAUUGAUUCUCAGUGCAACGGAAAGCUCUAAACAACAAUCACCCGAGAUUGAAUCUGAAUUGAAUAGUCAACAAUUGAUUGAUCGUCUUUGCAAAUAUAUUUAUGUAAAUGAUGAAACUGGUCGUAUUUGUAAAAUGGCUGCAUUAUCACAGGUGUAUCAUUAUGCAUUACAUGAUCGUUGGUAUGAAGCACGUGAUCUAAUGAUUAUGACCGGCUUACCAAACAGCAUUCUCAAUCAUAAAUCAGACAUUCAAUUACAAAUUCUUUAUAAUCGAUCAUUAGUUCAACUUGGUUUGUGUGCAUUCCGUCAUGGAUUCAUUUUUGAUGCACAUUCAUCAUUGUUGGACAUACUUUAUAAAGGUCGUGUACGUGAACUUUUGGGUCAAGGUUCGAGCAGAUCGAAUAUGAAAGCCGUUGAACGUUCACCAGAACAAGCAAAAUUGGAGAAACGAUGCCAGAUACCGUUUCAUAAGCAUAUUAAUUUGGAUCUAAUCGAAUGUGUGUAUCUUGUAUCGUCGAUGUUGUUGGAAAUUCCUGAAGUUGCUUCGAAUGAAUUUAGUGUUCGUAAAAAAUUGAUUAGCCGUUCAUUUUUCAAUCAGCUUCGUAAGAAUGAAGAACAACCAUUGGUUGGUGUACCUGAAGCAAUGCGUGAACAUGUGGUGGCUGCAUCAAAAGCAAUGCGUGUAGGUAAUUGGAAACAAUGUCAAGAUUAUAUAAUCAAUGAAAAAAUGAAUGCUCGUGUUUGGAAUUUUUUCUACAAUGCCGAUAAAGUACGAACAAUGUUGGCGCAAAAAAUUCGUGAAGAAUCGUUGCGUACAUAUUUAUUUACCUAUAGUUUUGUCUAUGAUUCAAUUGCAAUCGAUACAUUGGCCGAAAUGUUCGAUUUGGAAGCAAACACUGUUCACAGUAUCAUAAGUAAAAUGAUCAUCAAUGAAGAAUUGAUGGCUUCAUUGGAUGAACCAACACGUACGGUUGUCAUGCAUCGAACUGAACCAUCAAGGAUUCAAAGUUUAGCACUACAAUUGGCCGAUAAAGUGAAUACAUUAUUGGAUUAUAAUGAACGAUUAUUGGAAUUGAAAUUAGUACCGAUGGGACAUUUUGGUCAAGGUGCUCGUUUUGAUCGUAACUAUCAGAAUCGUCAAGGUAAUCGCCAAGGACAGAAUCGACAGAAUAGACAACAAAAUUAUGAUAGACAACAUUAUCGUGGUGGUGAUCAGAAUCGUGGAAAUCGCGGUAAUCGUGGUAACCGUGGUCAUCGAGGUGGUGGUGAUAGAGGCGGUGAUCGUGGUGAUCGUGAAAAACGAACCGAAAGACAGGAAAGCCGAGAAUAGAUUAUUGGAUGGAUAAAAUGAUUCCUUUUUUUUUUCUCUCUUCUCUCUCUCUCUCUUUUUUAAACAAAAAAAAGUAUAAUUAAUCAAUAUAUUAUUUGUAA